AGAGGGAUCAGCCAUGCAAGCAAACUUUGCCGUUUCCUUUCCAGUCUCCAAAACGCCUACCCUUUUUUUAUCUCCCCAACCCCAUUCUCCAUAUUUAGCAAUCCUUUCUUUUUCCAAGUCUUUUCCAAAUUAAGUUCCUUUCUCUUAAUAAACAAAUCAUAUAUUUAUUCAAAUUCCUAUGAAAAUAGUUGUUGCUCUUUGUUUUGUUGUCAUCAAAGAUUGAUUUACCUGCUUAUUCUUGUUUUCUGGGUUUUGGGGGUUGCCAGAGAAGCCAACUUGUGAGAAUAUGGGUAGGGGGAAAAUAGAGAUUAAGAGAAUAGAGAAUGCUAAUAGCAGGCAAGUCACAUUCUCCAAGAGACGUGCUGGCUUGCUCAAGAAGGCUAAGGAACUCGCCAUUCUCUGUGAUGCUGAGGUUGCUGUCAUCAUUUUCUCCAAUACCGGCAAGCUCUUUGAGUUUUCCAGCUCUGGCAGCAUGAAUAAAACAAUUUCUAGAUACAAGUCUGCUCAAGGUUCUCCAGCGAUUGCUCAAGUGGAACAUAAAGCAGAGAAGCAAGACUCUAAGGAGGCAGACCAUCUGAAGGAUGAAAUCGCAAAGCUACAAAUGAAACAGUUACAGCUGCUGGGUAAGAACUUGACCAGCAUGAGCUUGAAAGAGCUUCAGCUCCUAGAACAGCAACUUAAUGAAGGGUUGUUAUCAGUGAAGGAGAAGAAGGAACAAUUGCUCAUGCAACAAUUAGAGCAAUCAAGAUUACAGGAGCAGCGAGCUAUGCUUGAGAAUGAAACUUUACGCAGACAGGUUGAGGAGCUACGAGGUUUCUUUCCAACAACUGAUCACCCGAUCCAACCCUAUCUUGAAUGCUAUCCAGUUGAAAGGAAGAAUUCUCUCAUGAGCCACAGCAUUCCCAGUCCAGAUUUGACCUGUAAUUGCACUGUUGAAAAGGGAGAUUCAGACACUACCUUGUAUUUGGGGUUGCCAAGUGAUUAUCACAAGAGAAAGAAACCUGAAAUAGAAAGCCACUCCAAUGAGUCAGAGAGCCAGUUGGGGCUGCUGUGACCCUUUCCUUCAAGGUAUUUGCUUUGCCUUCAAUAGGGAAUGGCAGAAACUGAGAUAUGGUACAGUUGAGUCUAGUUUGGUAGUUUCUCAAAGCACCAGCUGUCCAAAUCAAUGAAGGCAACACAGUGAAAGUAUAGAUGUUUCUUUGCAGGAUGAAGAGCUAAGUUUUCUGCUGAUGGAUAUAGUUUAGUCGUGACAGUUAUUGGGAAAAAGGGUGAGGGUAUUGCAAAAAUAGGCUUUAGUUUUUCUUCUUCUUCUUCUUCUUCUUCUUCUUCUUCUUCUUCUUCUUCUUUUUUUUUCUUGUUUGUAUUAAAAUGGGCGUAGCUUUGCUUUCCCUUGCAACUUUCUUUACCUAUUAAAUUAGUGAGGUUGCAGUUCAUGUUUCAUUUGGUGACCGAGUGAAUCUUGUUGUUGACAUAUCUUUUUUUUCUUCUUUCUGCUACUUAGAAAGUUGUAAAAUUUUCCUUGGUUCCUGCAAGUUUUGUGAUACUUGAUUGCAAGAUCAAUUCA